AAGCCAAAUGUCUUCAAAGGGAGGGUGGGAAAAGUCCGGGGUGGGGGAAGCACCUUGGGGACGUUCAGAGGGGUCGUGACGCCAGGCCCCCCCGCAUAGGGGUGUGUGUGUGUUUGGGGGGGGGUCUCCCUCCCGGCGCCCGCAGAGCGAGCGGGGAUGGCGCCGGAGUCUGAGCGGCGCAAGUGGAGCCGCUGCCGGGGCGCCCUGGGGCUGGCGCUGCUCUUCGACGCGCUGGGCUUGGCGGGGCUGCUGACGGGCAGCUUGCUGGAGACGGAGGUGUCGGACCUGCUUAUCUACCUGGGCGGCGUGGGCGUCUUCUUCAGCCUGCCCUGGUGGGUCUUCUGGCACGUGGGCAACCAGGAGGUGCCGCGGGAGGAGCUGCGGGAUGACGUGGGGCUGGGCUGGCGGAGCGGCGACGCCUGGAGCCUGGAGAGCUGGCGAGCCCGGCGCUUGGCUCUCCUGGCCCGCGCCUUCAGCGCCCACUUCUCGCUCUCCUCCUCCGCCGCCUCCGUCCCGUCCCAAGGCGGACGCCCCCGCGCCCACUUCGCCGCCAGCAGCGUCAACCGCCCCAGCGAGACGGAGAAGCAGCUCCGGGACGACAUCUCCGACACGGCUGGAGCCAGUUUCACUUCCCCGCCCGUCGACUCCUCCUCCAGCGCAACAGUCGUGCAGGGCUUGCCUGAAAGCCCUCGUACCCAAGAUCGUGGAGUACAAGUGUCUUCCAAGUCACUCUUAUCAAGAAAAGUCCUAAAACUGAUCCACCGCUCUGAAACAGUUGAAAGCACUCCUUCCCAAGAUCGUGGGAAACAAAAACAUUCAAAAUCACUGAUUCCACAGAGAGUCCUAAACAUUAUUACCCGCUCUGAAACAAUUGACAUCACUUCUUCCCAAGAUCGUGGGAAACCAGGAUCUUCAAAAUCACUGUUACCACAAAAUGGCCUAGAUACGCUUACCCGCUCUGAAACGGGUGGAAGCGCUCGUCCCCAGGAUCAGGAGAAACCAGAAUCUUCAAAAACACUGUUACCACAAAAUGACCAAAACUAAAAUGAUUACCCACUCUGAAACAGUUUUUUACAUCCUGUUAAACACCGGUUAUGUCUCCCAGAGACAGUCAAACAGCAUCAUAAAAGGACUUGUGCUCAGUUACUGAACUGGAAGUUAAUUUAUGGGGUCUGGACAAGGUUGACGUGUCUCUUACAUAACGGGUGGAACCAGCAUGCGGGCUUCUGAACUUAACUUUUAUUAAGGUUAAAGUAAACAGAGUCACGAGUAUAUAGGGAUGUGAUGGCUCAGUGGCUAAGAUGUCGAUCAGAAAGAUCGGCAGUUCGGCGGUUCAAGUCCCU